AUAUAUAAUAGCCAAAGCUAAAAAAUAACUGUACAAAGUGCACAAAACUUAUAUAUUUUUAAAAAUCACAUCAAGAUGGGACUGCACAUUUUUUGGCCAGCAACCACUUGUUUAACACUUUUUGUUGUUUGUAUAAUAAUAAUCUUAUUAAAAUACGGUUCACAAAUUUGUAAGGUACGACAUACAACAUUGCCAUCUGAUCGAGAAUGGGAAGAAAAAGCAUAUUCACGAAAACUUUCAAUUUCCAUGGCAUAAAGUUAGAUAGAUAUCACCAUAUGUUUUCAUGUCAUCUAAUUCGUAAUAGCAAAGAAUUUAGAUUAAAAUUAGGAUAUAUUUUAACAUAUAGAUAUAUGCUUACUCUAUAUUUAAUAAUAACAUUUCAAAUCUAAAAACUAUUUUUUACAAAUAUGCUUUGAAAAAAUUACUUAAACACUAUACAUAUGUAUAAUAUACAUAUGUAUCAGUGUUUUAUUUUAAAAUAAUAUAAUUGUGUGCCUUAAAAAAUAAUUUUGCACAUUAUACAUUACCUUUUAUACAUUACCUUUUAUGCAUUUUAGGAUAAGAAAUUUUAAUGAAUCUCUAUUUAUCUAUAUAAAAUAUCAUAGUUGUUUGUGUCAUGAAAAUUAAUUUUUUUCCAAUAAAAUUUUACAAUUAAUAAUUAAUUAAAAAUGAAAUAGAAUAUAUAUAUUUGUUUAAACAAUAAUUUUAAGAAAGUAAGCAAUAAUUCUUACAUUUUAUAAGUUGAUUUGAAAAUAUAUUUCAUGACACAAUAUAAAAAAAAAUAGAAUAUUUGUAAAGAAAGACUAUGUAACUAUAUUAAAGAUCUGUAAUCCGUCCCAUUUUUUAAAGUUUAGUAUUUUUUAUAAAACAAUUUUAUAAUUAUCUGCAAA